AUGGCUCCCAAGGAAGACAAACCGACUGUGCCUAUCCAGCCAGUCCCCGAGAAACGCGGCUAUGAGUUUGGAGGACCAAUAGGAGCAUUUGGCAUUGUCUUUGGUCUCCCCGUCCUUGUGUAUUGCUUCGCCUUCUUCUGCAAUGACGUCUCAGGAUGCCCGGCGCCGUCUCUCCUCCAUCCUUCGACCCUGUCCCUUGAGAAGCUGAAACAAGAGAUUGGUUGGCCCGAGGGGGGUAUCAGCGCUCUCUACGACACCCAGGUUACCCUCUGGGUGCUCGCGUACUACUUUCUCAGUCUCGUGAUGCAGAUAUUCCUGCCAGGUCAAGAGGUGGAGGGCGUGGUUCUGGCAUGCGGUGGACGGCACAAAUACAAGUUCAAUGCGUUUCUCUCAGCAGUCUUGAUUCUGGCCGGCUGUGCGGCGGGGACCUAUCUCUACGGUGCAGAUUUCGUGGUCUGGACCUUCCUCUGGGACAACUACCUGCAGGUGCUGACGGCGAACCUGCUGAUCACUGUGGUCAUCUCCAUCUGGGUCUACGUGAGAAGCUUCUCGAUUCCAGAGCCUGGACAGCCCAAUCCGGAGCUUCGUGAAUUGGCUCCUGGCGGCCACAGCGGCAAUGUUCUGUACGACUUUUUCAUUGGCCGGGAGCUCAAUUCUCGCAUCAAAUUGCCCAUCCCUUUUGUCAGCGAGGUUUCGCGCACGAUCGAUAUCGGCGUCUUCUGUGAAAUGAGGCCCGGUCUGCUCGGUUGGGUGCUUCUCGAUCUCUCGAACAUCGCGCACCAGUACCGAACCUAUGGCUACAUCACCGACUCGAUCGUCCUCAUCACCCUAUUUCAGGCCUUCUAUGUUCUGGACGCACUUUACAUGGAGCCGGCCAUUUUGACCACCAUGGACAUCAUCAUGGACGGAUUUGGAUACAUGCUCGCGUUUGGCGAUUUGGUGUGGGUGCCAUUUAUCUACUCCACGCAAACGCGGUAUCUGGCGGUUUUCCCGCUCGAACUGGGCGCCAGUGGCGUCGCUAUCGUGCUGGCAGUCUCGGGCAUUGGCUACUAUAUUUUCCGCAGCGCCAACAACCAGAAGAAUCGCUUCCGGACGAAUCCAGAUGACCCUCGCGUGAAGCACCUCAAGUUCAUCACCACGGCCAGUGGCUCCAAGCUGAUCACAUCGGGCUGGUGGGGUACCGCUCGCCAUAUCAAUUACCUCGGCGAUUGGAUCAUGUCGUGGGCCUAUUGUCUUCCGACUGGAGUGGCGGGCUACGUCAUUCAGGAGACGAUCAAUCCCACAACGGGGGAUACUGUGCGGCGUGCUGUGCAGACUCCCGAAGUCCGUGGCUGGGGUAUGAUCUUCACCUACUUCUUCCUCGUGUACUUUGGCAUUCUGCUCAUCCAUCGGGAGAGGCGGGAUGAAGAGAAGUGCAAGAAGAAGUAUGGCGCCGACUGGGACAGAUAUACGUCGAUGGUGCGGAGUCGCAUCAUUCCUGGCAUCUAUUGA